UCACAAAAAAUUAUCCCAAAUGUCAGAAGAUGAUGAAAAAAAUUUAGGCCUUGCUGAUUGCAGCAAAGAAACUCAUGCUUUCAUCCCUCCCUCAGCCCCUCCAAUUGCUACCACUUCCAUUACUAUUGCAACAACCCCUACAAGCAGUUGUAAAGAAAAGGGUGGUUCUGGACGGCGGCUGUCACAAUGCUCUGCUGUAGCAGUUCCCAUGCUGUCCAUACCUCCUCAGCAAGAACCUCCCGAUGGAGGUCUGCAGGCCUGGCUUGUAAUGAUUGCCUCAUUCUUCUGCAAUGGCAUCCUCUUUGGUACAAUAAAUUCCAGUGGAGUUAUAUUUGCAGCUCUAAAAGAUGACCUUGAAGCUAAUGGAGUUGAAAACCCUGCCUCAAAAGCCUCAUUUUGCUUGUCGCUGACAAUUGGGAUGACUUUCCUGAUGUCGCUGGUGUCGGGGGUGCUCACAGAUAAGCUGGGUGUGCGGCUCACCACAGGCAUUGGUGGUGCAAUUGCUACUGCAGGGUUGUUCAUUUCAUCACUUGUAUAUCAUAAGAUUGAGUAUCUGACAAUAUCAUAUGGACUGCUGCUAGGAUUUGGAGGAUCUCUUGCCUAUACUCCUUCCUUGGUGAUCCUUGGUCACUACUUCAGAAGGCGGAUGGGCAUUGUGAAUGGCUUUGUGACGGCAGGAUCCUCUCUCUUCACAAUCGUGAUGCCUAUGCUCUUUGAGUACAUCCUUCGUCUUUAUAGCCUUAAAGUGCUCUUCCAAAUACUGGCUGCCAUUGUAUCCCUACUCAUGGUGUGUGCUUUCAUCUUCAAACCUCGACUAGCUGUCCGUCCUCGAGAGGGCGCUCUUCCUGGAGAUGCAGGCGCUGCUGCUAGCUCGCGGACUCUCAAAAACCAGUUCAAGAAGUUUGUCUCCCAGUUCAUCAAUUUCGAAAUUUGGAGAAACAAACGCUUUGUGAUUUGGACCUUGUGCAUCCCCAUCGCUCUUUUUGGUUAUUUUGUUCCCUAUGUUCACCUGGUGGCGUACGCGAAGAUGGUUCUUGGUGAAGACACGAAGGCGCAGGUGCUGGUGCAGUGCAUCGGCGCCACGUCCGGUCUCGGUCGUCUGUUGUUCGGAUACAUCGCUGACAGACCGUGGGUGAACCGCAUCAUGCUUCAGCAGAUAUCGUUCUUUUGCAUAGGCAGCUUCACAAUGCUUAUGACCGCGUGGUCGAACUUCUGGUUUUUUGUGGUGCUGGCUCUGGGCAUGGGUCUCUUCGAUGGCUGCUUCAUCUCCCUCUUGGGGCCCGUGGCCUUUGACAUCGUCGGUCCAACUGGGGCACCUCAGGCCAUUGGCAGUCUGCUGGCCAUGUGCUCGAUACCGCUCACCUUCGGUCCAGUUUUUGCUGGUUGGUUGCAGGACUUGACGGGCAGCUACUUCCUGCCGUUCCUGAUGGCCGGUAUUCCCCCCAUCGUUGGGUCGCUGGCGCUCUUCACGAUGCGCUGCGUGCACCCGCCGCUGACUGCGGACCAGGACUCGCCUGUACGAGAGACUUCAGGCACUCAGAACAACAUAAUAAUGAAAGAAAAUGAGAAAAAAUAUUUGUCUUUUUUUUCUCUUAGUGAAACUCUGGGUUUUCAAAUAAGACUCAGGAAUGUGGGACAAUUUAAAGUAACCCAGGUUCUUACAUAA